AUGGAGAGGACAAACGAUCAAUCUCUCUACCCCAAUGUUUCUCUACUUUCUCUAAACUUAUUCCUAAGACCCCCAGUAAUCAAAACUAAUAUCUCUGACUACAAAUCUGCGAGAGCGAGGUAUUUCUUAGACAAUAUUAUUUCAAAAUAUGAGAUUGUCUGCUUGCAAGAAGUAUUUACAAGUUUCAGCUCGAGAAGAAAAAAAAUCAAAAAAGAAGCAUAUCGUAAAGGAUUUAAAGACUUCGCAGAAAGCCCAAAUCCUGGGUGAUUUGGUAGACAUCUAACUGAUGGAGGAUUGCUAAUACUUAGCAAAUACCCAAUUGUACAAAAAGAUUUUUUUGGGUUCAGCCGCUCCAAGAUGCCAGACACUUUAAGCCUAAAAGGCGUCCUUUAUGCCAAGCUUCAGAUAAAUGAUAAAUUUGUCCACUUAUUCACAGCACAUUUGCAGUCAUCCUACCCAACAUCAGAUUAUCAUAAAUUUUUGAAAUAUCGGGAAAUAAGAAGAUCGCAGAUUAAAGAAAUGAGAGAAUUCAUGGAUCGAAAAAUUGAGUCCAGCAACGAAUUGGUUAUUUUAGUAGGAGAUUUCAAUGUCAAUGGACGAGAAGAAAUCAAGCCUCCGAAGUUCAAAGACCAGGAAUGCCAAGAUGAUUAUUCUUGCUUUAUUAAUGAAAUCAGUAAGGGAGGAAAGGAAGAAAUUCUAGAUGUGUUGAGAAUGAAAUUUGGGUAUACCCCUGCGACUUAUGGUAGAGUAGAUAGAAAUGGAAACGCAAUUGAAACUGUGUUGAGCGAAAAAGACGAGACUAUGAGUGAUGAAGGGCUAGACCACAUAUUCUUUUGUAAUAUUGAGAAAAGCAUUGAAAAUGAUUAUAAAGUUCACAUCAAUAUGGAAAGAACGCUAGUGGAGCCAUUUUAUACCCCAAAUCAACCUUUUACACAGAUAAGCGACCAUGCUGCCGUCCAGACGUCGUUUACAUGGCUUAAAAAUAAUAUGAGUUAA